UUGGAAUAAGAUGAAGAUGAACAUUUUGCAAAUGUUCCGGAACAAGCACUAGACCACCGGACUUGUAUUGUUUUCAUGCUGCAAGACCAGCACCAAAAUAACUGGCCUCGGUCCACUGGUCCAGUGGGAAAAUCAACCACAUAAGUGUGGUCAAAUGAUAAGGAGUAAUCGACCACAUACAUAUGCAUUGGACUCGGCCCAGACUAUCCAAGUUCUGGUACUACGCCCGUGUGGAGUUAGUCCCCCCAAUGCCGUCUGAGAUCCCCACCAUUCAGAAGGGCUUCGGGGAGGUCGUAGCCAGUGCACGCUCAGGGAAAUGGAUGAACAUGACUACGGUACCAGGACACCUGUUAGCCGGUUUGGUGAACAACAUGAGCCAAUGUCUGGCAUGCAUCAUAACAUGGCCAUGGGAGAUGGGGGAGCAGUGACAGCUCAUGGAAUGGCAGGAGCGGUCUGGAACCCCGUAGCUGCUAUGCAACUUCAUGGCACCGAUCCAAAGACGGCUCAUUCAUAUCCAGCGAUGCUCAUCUUCGUUCAGCAACCACUGUGCUCGGUCUGGUCACCAUGGCAACUGACCAGUCUCAGGGCCCCGCCUCCAGCAGCCAUUGGUCAAGAUCGUCGCUUACCAAUUCCAAUCAGCAAUGAGCAUAGUCGAGGGCAACGCAAGACACCUGUCAGCUUUGUUGUUGUACCUGUCAGUGAUCUGGGUUACCCUGUUGGUUCACCAGGGAGUAGCAUCUGGGCUUAUACACCAGACACCUGUCAGCCGGUUUGGUGAGCAACAUGAGCCAAUGUCUGGCAUGCAUCAUACCAUGGCCAUGGGAGAUGGGGGAGGGGUGACAGCUCAUGGAAUGGCAGGAACGGUCUGGAACCCUGUAGCCGCCAUGCAACGUUCAUGGCACCAAUCCAAAGGUUUGGGGAGCAUAAAGCCAGCCGGUCAUGUGACAUGACGACACCUCUCCUUCCAUUCCUAUAGAGGGCGCUGUUCAUCACAGCCGCAGCAUCCACAAGAGAUAGUUAAGUUAAUAAUUUUUCUUAGAUGUCCAGCAGCCAUAGAGGGCGCCAUAAUGCUAUCUGGGGUUUUUUCACAGACA